AUGACCGACGCGAACAACUCCCCGGCUCGAGAAAUCGUCCAUCUCCAUGUUACUCAUCCAGACCGUGACGAUAUUUUCCGCGCCACCGCAACUCCCAGCGAUUUGAUCAAACGGCAUGCAAAGACUUUCGGCGUACAAUGUACGCAGUGUCAAAAAGUAUUGGACAAGCUUCUGAAAUGUUCAAAGUGUAAGGGCGUCUGGUAUUGUUCAAAAGAGUGCCAAAAGGAACAUUGGCCCACUCACAAAUCGGCAUGUCACGCCGUUGAAUGCUCCUCGGGGGCCCUGAAAUUCGUACGAAUGUUCUGCGGAAACAUCACGCUCAUGAUGUACCUCAAAGUCGCCAUCAUAUAUGACUGUGGUUUGCUCGACAAUCCACGACUCGGGUUCGAUAUACCUUUCAUGGCCCGUGUUGACAUCGCCAUUGAGCCGACUGAGAUUCUUGACUUUGCGGCACUGUAUUUAAAUAACAGGACCGUCGCAGAGAAGCUGAAAGGGAUGGUGCAAGUCAACACCAUCUCUGCGUGGGAUCCGAACACACACCCUCCCCUUACGGAGAUGAGACUGGGCUUAUGGCGCAAAGCUCGAGCAGAGUCUAUUGCAGCAGGUUUCGGGAAAGAUCCUGUUGGACUCAUCGAGUUCCUCAAUUAUACAGAGAACUCGAGCACCGCUGCGUUUCAUAUCUCCAGUUCUAUUCUUGACACCGCGAGGAAACGCGAGCCCUUCUUAUGUUCCUCUGCCGUCACGGGCAAACAAUUCGAGAAACCUAUGGACUCUGCGACGUGUAUUGAGUGUCUCAAUUUGCAUAUCCGGGCCGAUGGGCAGAACCAGUUGCUUUUAAGGACUGUGAUGACAGAGCAAGAUAAGGAAGUUAUUCGCGCCGCAGGUCGCAAUGAGGACUCUCUUUCCGUCUCUCUUCUCAACUACAAGAUGCAAAGAGAACUUCUCUAUGCUAACAUAAUUAAAUUGAAACGCUAG